GCGGCGCCGCAGUACGCGCUCGACCGCCGCAGCGCCCGCACGCGCGCCACUCCGCUCCGCACCGACACGUGACUAGCGCGAACACGACUCGCAAAGGAUUUCACUGACGGUGCAUGUGCUUUAGUGACGGCUUCUCAGUGCUUUGAAGUGGAGCCACGGGCUACCGGCGCCGCUGGGCCCGUGAUCGGCCCGAGCGGCGGUAUGGAAUCCCCGCAGAUGUACGACGCGGCCGGCGCGCCUCCGCCGCCGCCCCAACCAGACCUCAAGAAGACCGUGGAGGACAAGAGACAGGCCUUCCCGCCGCCGGACCUAGACGAGCUCAAUGGACAGGAAAUUAGUUUGGAUCUACAACACCUCAUCGAGGACCAGUUCCGGAGUGAGGAGGGAAUGGCCUUAUUCCAGGAAAUACUUCCUGGCGGCAAAUCUCCUCAGCCGAGGUAUAAUAGGACGACGCUAGCGUACAUGCCCCAGCCGGUGCACUCGGGGGCGUCUUACGCUCCCGUACAGACAAAUCAGGGACACGAACAGGCACCUCCUAUCAAGGAAGAGCCACCAGAACCACAUGAUUAUCGAAGAUCGGUGACAUGUGCGCAAUACACAGGCCAGUACAAUCCUCAGCCGACAGUUAACGUAGGCGGCCCUUACGGCGGAGGGUUCACCCCGCUACCUCCUCUAGGAGCGCCUCUCCUCCCUCCGUUACUAAAACACAAGCCUGCACCUGUCAGACGCUCGUCAGGUAAAGUGCUGGACAAAGGCACAGACGAGUACAGAAGAAGGCGCGAGCGGAACAACAUAGCCGUGAGGAAGUCCCGCGAGAAGGCUAAAGUGCGCUCUCGGGAAGUGGAGGAGAAGGUGAAGACGCUCCUGAGGGAGAAGGAGGUGUUACUAAAGAGGCUGGAGGCUGUGUCGGGAGAACUGAGCUUGCACAAGCAGAUGUACGUGCAUCUGAUCAACCUGAACCACCCGGAGAUCACGGAGCUGUGCCGAUCCAUGCUGCAGCUAGGCGCGCCGCAAGCGCCCGACCACACGCUCUGACCAUAGACGGAGUAAAAAUCGGCGUACCGGAAUACCGUGUGAUACUGUGCAUUAACUAAACUUAACAAAAAUUGUGACGCCUCUAUUACUAAGUUUAGUUAGCGGAAUUACUUUGUGAUUUUUACAGUUUACUUUUUUAUAAAUAUACACGGAUAGUUUAGAUUUUAAGCUUAUGACGUAAGAUUAGAAGAAUACGUAACGAAGCAUAGAUGCACAAAUUAAACCAGUUUAUGUUUGAGUCGACGUAAUAAAUUAAAUAUUUAAUUAACUAAUGGUUUUUAUUCAAGCCUCUGUUGAGUAAAAAUUAACGUUUUUAUUUACGAAGAAGAGAAAAUGAUGAUCAAACAUAGAAAAAAAAUAUAAGCUUUUUUUCAACACAUGUUACGCACAACACUAUGAAAUAUAGGGUUGUCGAUUUUGGUUUAAGGAUUAUUUUUAAGAAAUUUUAUUAUUUAUUUAAACUUGUUAUCUAUGUAAUUACGUGUUUUUAUAGUCUUACGUAAGAACCUAUCAUCUGACGUUACAAGCGAGUCCUAGCCGUCAAGAAGUGAUCUCAAACGUAGGCAGGGACCCGCUCAGCUCACGAUCACUGCCAUUGUUGUCUCGAAAAUGUACUCUAAAAGUAUAUACAUAAAGUCUAAGUUUACAUAAAGGCUGUAUAUAGUUUUUUUCAAUUCAUAUAUCAUUUUAUUUCAUAAUUUUUCAUUGACUUUUGUUAAUAUGACACCUCAUUAAUCGAUGUCGUUCCAAAAUUUUUGCAGAAAAAAAAAUGAUAAUGAAAAAAUGGGAGAUUAAAUUACAAAUGGCGUCUUAUAAAUUGUAUAAGCUUGUGUAUUUUAAAUGCUUGGCACUAAAAUCAUGAACAUUACUUUUAUGAAGAUACAUUUGUUUAACAGUUCCUUUUAUGUUUUCUUGAUGAACCCUGGUUGAAAAGGUGGAACUUGUUAAUGAUAGUAGCGACAUUUGGCAUCAGUAUCAUGCAGCACGCAUCAAACUCAUAAAACUAUGACUGAUCAGAAUGUUUAGAAGAAGACAAUAAUACGUUUUCCUUACCUUUUGUUAAAAUAUUUUAGUUUACUGUAAUAUAUAGAUUAAUAAUAGCUAUUUUAAUGUAAAUUGGUUGUAUAUAAUUUUGGAUCAGUAAUCAAAUGUUUUAGGUGUAAUUUUAAUUGUUUCCCGUAACUCCUUGGACUUGGAGAAUAGGUAAAUACAUGCAGGUAACUUUAUCCUUUAAAAGAUAAUUAAAAAGGUACAUUUUGUAUUUGCCUGUUCUAAAGCGAGAAAUUUUAUUGAUUGUUGAAAAACAUCUAUUUUUAUCUUUUUAAAAUAUUUAAUAUGUACAUAAUUCUAUUUUAGGCUUAGCGCUAAGCGUUUAGAUAAGUUUCGGGUUAAAAAAAAAAUAUUCUGUUGAGUCUAAAAUUUUUAUUCCUAUUAAAGUACCUUUAACUCUUUUUGUUAGAUAUUUUUUUUCUUGUCUACUUACUUUAAGUUUAAGAUGUUUACGUUUUUAUGAUAAAAUCAUGAUCUAUUGUGGCGUCGCCGGUGCGUAAGGAGUUAUUUAUGUUGUAAAACUUAUUGAUGUAAAUUUUAAGCGCUACUUAAUAAUGUUUAACGGUAGCUACAAGCACGGGUUAUAGGCUGCUUAAACAGAUUUAUAAAUAAUAUUUUGAUAUGAAAAUGCACAUCGACUUUGUGUGACAACCCUAGGAACCUACCACCACCUCUUAGAUUACAAUCUCUAUUGUUAAAGCGAGACAACGCUCUACACUCAGUAUAACGACGUCUCUCUUCCACACCAGCAACUUUGUUACUUUAACAGUUGGUGGUAGGCCCUAUGGGUAGUAUCAGUUAGGGUUGGCAAUCAUUGUAAAACGGGUCUCGAAACAUAUAGUUACCAGAUUAAAUCCUACAAUGUAAUAAUGAAUUUAAGAAUGGCAUCUACACACUGAUUUAAAUAUGUAACCUAGUAUUAAAACAAAACAUGAAUAUUUACAUUUUAAACUUGUAUUUUUAUAUAAAACAUAAAAAAAUCUGCACAAACAAAAAAAUAUAUAUUUGGAAGUGUUUUAUACAAACUUAUUAUCCGUCACGAAUUUUGAAGUAUAUAUUUAUUGAUAAAUCUUUAUCCUUGUGUGUAGACGUCAUAAUAUACAAUACUCCGUCCCGUAUUUACCUGCUUUUAUUUAAAUAUAUAAUAUAUUAAAUAUCGUAUAUUUAAGAAACAGAUCACUAAACCUAAGCACGUAAUAUAUUUUUCAAACUUGUAUAAAAAUAUUUUUAAAACUUAUAAUAAACAGAAAUCAGUUUUGGCUUCGAUUUGUUCUAGAGAAAUAAGAAAAAAAAACGCAUUCGCAGUUACGUUUAUUGUGUUCACAACACUUUCUUGUUACAAAAAAAAUCUUCUCUUAAUGUUUUUAAUUGUUGUUUUUUACUUUUUAAAGUUUUUUUUUUUCUAUGUCGUCCAGAUGGUGCUACAAGAUCAAAUCUUUCUAUACUUCUGAACCAAAGACUAUUAUUUUUUCCUUACUUUGUUACAAAUAAAAAAAAACAGUCAUUAUGCAAGGCAAUGCAAGCAAAAGAAUGCAACCUGUUUUACUUUUACAAAAAUAAUGGUUUUUAUAAAUACAUUUCAUCUUUUUUCACUAUUUGGAAUUUUUAGUAAAAAGUUUAAUGAUUUUUUUUACAUUAUUAUUUUCAUAUGUUAUCUUAAUGUUGAACUGUAGGACCGAGUGAGGCCUUUCUGACUUUUUCUGACAAUAAUGCUAGUGGUUCUAAAACCGCGUAAUUUCGAUGUUAUAGGUGCAAUUAAAUUUAAUAUAUACCUAUUUAAUAGAAAAAUAA